ACACAGAUUCUGCACCGUUUGCGCGCCAAAGGCAGGUGAAUUUUAGCCAUUCUCCUCCGUCAGAUCAUUCCAACGUUCUAGAAACUCCCACGUUGCUCAUUUUUUUUAUGGAAAACAAAUUCUUCUGUCCCAAAAAACAAACCCAGAUGAAACCUCGGCAGUCGGCAGCGGCAUCCACACCGGUAGAGAUACAAUAUAGAAGCUUUCCCCUGCAAAUCGCAUUUUGCUUGAAAAAAGGUGAGAGUUUCAAAUUUUCAAUCGCUGUUGUUUAUAUCAGUAUUCUUCUUUGUUAGUUGUAGCAUACCAUACCAAUAUUUUGAUAGCUCAUACAUUUGAAUGAUGACGGAUUUAAGAUAAUGGAACUCCACACCCACUUCAUCAAGUUUGGAUUUUCCCGCCACUCAUGUCUCAGAAACCAUUUAUUAACAUUUUGUACCAAUUCUCGUCGUUUUGGGUAUGCCCGCAACCUGUUUGAUCAAAGUACUGAACCAAAAACAGUUGUUUCUUGGUCUGCUUUGAUAUCUCAGCAUGUGCAAAAUGGGUUUCAUAAAGAGGCCUUAUUGGCAUUUAAUGAGAUGUGUAUGUUGGGUGUUAAGUGUAAUGAGUUUACAUUCCCUAGUGUUCUCAAAGCAUGCUCAAUCAAGAAAGAUUUGAAUAUGGGGAAAAAAGUUCAUGCCAUGACUGUGGUCUCAGGGUUUGAAUCUGAUGCAUUUGUUUCAAAUACUUUGGUUGUUAUGUAUUCCAAAUGCGGGCAGUUUGGCGACUCUAAUAAAUUGUUUGGUACGAUUGUGGACCCGAAUGUUGUUUCGUGGAAUGCUUUGUUUUCUUGUCACGUGCAAAGUGAUUUCUUAGCUGAAGCUGUUGAUUUGUUUAAACGAAUGGUUGCGAGUGAAGUAAGACCUAAUGAGUUCAGCCUUUCAAUUAUAUUGAAUGCCUGUGCUGGAUUGCGGAAUGGAGGUCUCGGAACGACGGUUCAUGGGCUUCUAAUGAAGCUUGGAUAUGGUUUGGAUCAAUUUUCUACAAAUGCCUUGGUUGAUAUGUAUGCAAAAGCAGGGAGGAUUGAAGAUGCUGUUGCUAUUUUUCGAGGAAUUAUACGCCCCGAUACGGUUUCUUGGAAUGCAGUUAUUGCCGGAUGUGUUCUUCAUGAGUAUAAUGAUUUGGCUUUGGUACUGUUGAAUGAGAUGAAAAAGUCGGGAACUUGUUCUCCCAAUGUGUUUACCUUAUCAAGUGCCUUAAAAGCAUGUGCUGCAAUAGGGUUUAAGGCUCUGGGUAGACAGAUACAUUCUUGUUUGGUAAAGAUUGAUACUCAUUCAGAUUUGUUUGUGGCUGUUGGACUAAUAGAUUUAUAUUCCAAGUGUGAUAUGAUGGAUGAUGCAAGAAGAGCUUAUGAUUUGAUGCCAACAAAAGAGAAUAUUAUUGCAGGGAAUGCUUUGAUCUCCGGUUACUCGCAGUGUGGUGAUGACGAACAAGCAAUCUCACUUUUUAUCAAAUUGCACCAUGAAAAUAUAGAUUUCAACCAAACUACUUUGUCGACGGUUCUUAAAUCUGUGGCCAGCUUGCAGGCAAUCAAGGUAUGCAAGCAAAUUCACACACUUUCCAUCAAAUCUGGAAUUUAUUCAGAUUACUAUGUAAUAAACAGUCUUCUUGACACUUAUGGAAAGUGUAGUCAUAUAGUUGAAGCUUCAAAAAUAUUCGAAGAGCGCACUUGGGAAGAUUUGGUGGCUUACACAUCCAUGAUAACUGCAUAUUCUCAAUACGGGGAUGGAGAAGAGGCUUUAAAGCUAUAUUUGCAGAUGCAAGCUGCAGACAUCAAGCCAGAUCCUUUUGUAUGCAGUUCUCUUUUAAAUGCUUGUGCAAACUUGUCUGCAUAUGUGCAAGGGAAACAAUUACAUGUCCAUGCCAUUAAGUUUGGAUUUAUGUCUGAUAUUUUUGCCAGCAAUUCUCUUGUUAAUAUGUAUGCAAAAUGUGGAAGCAUAGAGGAUGCUGAUCGCGCCUUUUCCGAGAUACCUCAGAGAGGAAUAGUCUCGUGGUCUGCAAUGAUUGGAGGGUUGGCUCAACAUGGCCAUGGUAAAGAGGCUCUUAAGUUGUUCAAUCAAAUGCUUAAAGAUUGUGUGUCACCAAACCAUAUUACACUAGUCAGUGUUCUCUGUGCAUGUAAUCACGCCGGUUUGGUAAAUGAGGGGAAACACUAUUUUGAAACAAUGGAGGAAAAGUUUGGAAUCAAACCUACACAAGAGCAUUAUGCUUGCAUGAUUGAUCUCCUUGGAAGAUCAGGGAAACUAAAGGAAGCAGUGAAUCUUGUGAAUUCCAUUCCAUUUGAAGCUGAUGGAUCAGUUUGGGGGGCGCUUCUUGGUGCUGCAAGAAUCCAUAAAGAUGUUGAACUUGGUCAGAAAGCUGCAGAUAUGCUUUUCACUCUUGAGCCAGACAAAUCUGGUACUCAUGUUCUCCUUGCAAACAUUUAUGCAUCCGCAGGGAUGUGGGAAAAGGCCGCAAAUGUUAGAAAGGAUAUGAAAAACAGCAAUGUGAAGAAGGAACCCGCAAUUAGUUGGAUUGAGGUCAAAGACAAGAUACACACUUUCAUUGCUGGAGAUAGAAAUCAUUCUAGAAGCGAUGAAAUAUAUGCUAAAUUAGAUGAGUUAAAUGAGCUUCUAAGUAAAGCUGGAUACAGUCCUAUCAUAGAGACUGAUAUACAUAAUGUGGAACUAAGUGAAAAGGAAAGGCUCUUAUAUCAUCAUAGUGAGAAACUUGCUGUAGCUUUUGGAUUAAUUGCUACACCACCUGGAGCUCCAAUAAGGGUAAUGAAGAAUUUGAGAGUUUGUGUUGACUGCCACACCUUUCUCAAAUUUGUAGCUAAGAUUGUUUCAAGGCAAAUUGUUGUUAGAGAUAUCAAUAGGUUCCACCAUUUUAAAGACGGAUCAUGUUCCUGUGGUGAUUUUUGGUAAUAUCAUUAAGAUGACUCAUUCGUUAUUAUAUAUACAUACACGGAAAAUGCUGAUUCAUACACACUUGAUUGUAAACGAGAUUCGGUAGUCCAACGUGAAAAAAAUGGCAUUGCCAUCUCCCUCGAUCACGACAACACUGUACCCAACCUCACUGGUCUUUCGGAUGUGAAAACGGCGGUCCCCAAUUUCCAGUUGUUGCUGAGGAUUGUUGUUCGAUUCUUUUUAUGGUGUUCAGUUGGUGGGGUAAGACGUGUGAAGCGGUGAUUGAUACUCGGAGCAGUUCUAUUGGCCCUUUGGGAGCUGCAGCUGCUGAUUGAUGAAGAAACAACGGUGGUCGGGUGGUGUGGGAAUCAGUUUUGUUAGUAUAAGGUUUAUCACAUUAAUUUAACUUAUAUACUGAUAUUAUUAUAGAAGUACCCUCAAACUGUUUUUGUGAGGAUUAUGUACUUCCACACAUCCCUAUUGUUCGUCAAAAAUUACAAAAGGAAGUUCAAUAGCUUGUAAUCAAAGGAGUACCACUUCAAGAUCACACUGGCUCUCUAGGCCACUGUGAAUGUGAGUGUUUCAAAAAAAUUCACUGUCUUACAAAAUUUAUGAAUGCAUCUGAUUUGUUCCUCUAAAAUUCUAGGAUAAAUUUCCCACCUUCCUAUAGGACCAAUGCACAAAAAGUAUUGCGAUGGUUGUUGUGUAUAAUAACUCAUGGAACUAUGAAUGGUUUAUUCAUUUGUUUGGUUUUAGGAUCAAAUUAUAUCUUAUGUAGUAGGACUAAGAUAUUUUUUUGCCCUCAAGUGGUCAAAAUGUAUUCGUCACUAUUUAUCGUUGAGGUAUUCAUCACUUUAAGCGAAUAGCACUAUUCAUCCCUAUUUGGUUCGUAAAAAAAAAAAAAAAUCCCUAUUUGGUGAAAAUGUAUUCAUUACUAUUCAUCACUACAAUAGCACUUCAUUGCCAAUAUUAUCGGUUUGCUUACUUAAACUUAUGCAGUGUGAGACUUGAAAAUCAACUUCCUUCUGUUUGGUUAGGAUAUAUGCCAUUGUUUAUUCAUGAAUAAUGUUGUCCUGCUGGUUUUGGGUUUCUGGUUAAUGUUCCUGCGCCGUGUUUUAUGCUCACGGGUGAUAGCAGCAGAAGCAGGACCUUAUCAAAUAAGCGGUUCAUCUACUCCGGAAACUCUUAACUUUGCUCUGUUUCACAAAGCUCAUUUAAUCAAACCCUAUUUACACGACAUAAUGAAUCAGAUCGAUACUUUGGAUUUCAAAAGAUGAGGAUUUAUUAUGUGAUCAUGUUGUACAAAAUAAUAUUUAAUUCAUGUUGUAACUUCGUGCUUUAAGAUUCCUUAUCUUCUGCUGCAUUUGUGUAGGAGUAGGAUUUUAAUUGUAAUUGUGCCUGCAGAUUUUGAUCCGGGAAGAAAAGAAAUGCUAUCACAACUCAGUUGCCUAAGCUUUGAUGAACUAGCUUAUUUUCUUCUACUCAAACUCACGUUGUGGAAGAGAUUCAGUUUGGGCUUUUCCUUUUUGAAAAUAGAAGAGAAGUGACUAUUUGAGUUAGGCCUACUUGGCUUCUUCUCAACUUUGCCGUGGGUCAGACAUCAAGUUAAUUAAGAACAAACAAUUUGCAUUCUGGUAUAUCCUUUUAAUGUGUUUUAUACAUCCAUCUUUGUGAUUGAAUCUUCCAGUAUUAACAUAAUUUUGAUGUUAGCAUGUAACUUUUCCUGUUAUGUCCAUUUCAUAUUUCAAUCACCUUGUAUGAAUGUUGUUGACAUGCUAAGCAUAUUAGGCUAUGAGUUGGAUGACAUGAAUCAGGUGAGUGUAGUGAAAGUUAAGCCUACAUCUCUAUUCCAUUUCUUCACAUGUUCACUUUAAUUAAGACUAGUACUAGCAGAUAGCAAAACUUUAUUUCAAGUUCACAUUCAUUACGACUUGUGUACUUUACUUCCCAUGUUUUCUUCACAUGUUUUUACCCCAAUUUAUAGAGAGAAGUGAAAAUGGAUGAAUUAUGUUAUCUUGUUUCAGUUGUUUACACUAUCUCUAUUAUCUGUUAGAGAGAAAGACACCCUUGAGCAUAAUAAUGAUGUAAUACCUGAAGUUACACUAUCUUUAUGUCUACAAUCCAAAUUUACUAGUCUUGUAUCCUCAAUGGUGCUAAAAAAAACAUAAACUAAAGUUACAAAUGAUGAAAAUACUAAUUUCUUAGUAAAACAGCAUACAAGAUUUCAUUCCAUGUAUCAGGAGCACCAGCUAGACACCAGUGACUGCAGUCCUCAUAAGAAGUGCCUCGGCCAGUGUAUAUCGAAGGAUGACCAUCUAUCCUCAGUUGUGUUUGCAAAGUAAUAUCAAGCCAAUAAACUUGGUUUUUCAUGUUACUCAAAACACUCUUAACAAUGUCUACACCAGGAUAAGUUGGCAUUGAUCCUUCCUCUGGCAAAGUUUGAUUUAUACAGUGAUUUUCCCUUGAAUAUUCAGGAAGCAUUAUUAGUUUUGUGUGAAUUUUCGUUAGAGUGGGAUUAUAGAUUAGUAUGUUUUUUAUAUAUGUAAAUAUAUCAUUUUUAAAUCCUUACAAAUACUACCACUUUUUGUUUUUUGUC